AUGCCGAAAGCCGUUAAAGAUUUGCAUGAAGGCAUUAAAUAUCAUACAGUUCGUAAAGGUAGCGAACCAGGCUGCUAUCAAUUACAUAGACCUUCACAAUGUCGGCUGAAGUUUCCCAUUACAAAACGACCGAUCCACAAAUGCGAAGUCCCGAAACACGAAUAUACAUUAGUGCCACAAGUUGGUGGCUGGCGGACCUUAUUGGUUCCUAAGUCAACACCCAACUUUUAUCCAGCAGUAAUGAAAAAGAAAGACUAUGAGAGGUUGAAAAGACAAGCUAAGAUAGUCACCCAAGAAGAACAAUUGCAAGCAAUGCACGCACAAGAAGCGGCUAUACAGCAAGCGGCAAGAGAGUCUGAAGAGAGGAAAAAGAAAUUAAGAGAACAGCUUAAGCCUCAACCUGGUGCUGAAGCUUCUGGUACUACUGAUCCUGAACUGGAAGGUCCUGACCAAGCAGCGCAUACUCUGUCACGUGCUGAAAUUCUCAGAGCUAACAAUAUGCAAGGACCAAGGCUUUGUAACCGCAUCAUCUUAGCUUCUAAAUGUCACGCUAUACGCGACGCACAGAUUGCCGAGAAAGAUCUUAUUAAGAAAGAAAUGGAUGAGGAGGAGAGAAGACUUGACGACAUAAUGGAAGAGAAUCGACAAGCAGCGGUAAGACGUGCUGAAGAAGAAGAGGAAAGAAGACACCAACUUCGUCUUCAAAACUUGUCAGCUCUAAAAGAGCAAAUAAAAGCACACGAAACAGCCAAGAUAAUGGAAGCAGAACGCAUAGAAGAAGAGAGCAUCAGAGUCAAUCAAGCAAACAUUGCCAUGCAAAUUGAUGAGGCUCAAAAGCUAAAAGAGAAACAAGGCAGGCAAGCCAAGCUGAAGGAAAUUCUUGAUCAAGGCAACGCGGAGCUUCUUUAUUACAAACAGCUGCAGAAUGAAGAGGAACGCAUCAUGAACCUUCGGAUCGCCAACUUUCUUAGACAAAAACAAGAAAGGGAAGCAAAGAACAGAGCAGAAGCAGAAGCUGUUAAAGCAGCUAAACAGAAGGGCAUUGAUCACAUUGCUAAAGCACAGAAGGCAGAACAAGAGCUGAAAGAAGAGUUGGAGCGAAUACGCAAUUUGAAAAUCCAAGAAGACGUAGAGAGAGAAUAUCGACGGAAAGAGAGAGAUGCUGCUAUCAAACGCAACCGCGAGAUGAAGAGGCUUCAUGAGGCGAGAGUGCAGCAGAUUAAUGACAUCCAUCGACUGAUCGCCCGCGAAAUAGCCAAGGAUGAGCAAAGCUUCAACAACGCGGCGCGGCAAAACGAAGAAUUUAUUCAAAAGGAAAAACAGUUGGAAGAUAAGCGCAAAGCUCGUGUCGAGCGCCAUCGCCAGGAGAUAAUGAAACAGAUCAACGACAAGGAACGCGCUCGCGCGGAACUACGCGAGAAGAUUCACAAUGAAGGCGUCGCGCUUCGUAUGGAGCAAGAGCAACAGGAUAAGUAUGAAAGGAAAGUUAUUAAACAAAAGGUAUCGGACAUGAGACAACAGAAAGUAUCCGAAAAGUACGUGAAAGAAGUCGAACAGACGCUCGGGAAACAUGGCUAC